UUCUCGCCGCUCGUAUGAUUUCCCGGUUUGUAUGGUAUCACAGAAUACAAACAGUAUCCAGAACACUGUCAUCAAUGGCUAACAAUAACAAGAAUUUAUUGGUGUUUGAUUUUGACCACACAUUAGUGGAUGGGAAUACCGACACAUGGAUACUGAAACUACUACCCAAUGCAAAAGUGCCUGUACAGAUACAUCGCCACUAUAGAAUGCACAACAGUUGGACUGACUACAUGGCAGAGAUAAUGGGACACAUGCAUCAAUUGAAAAUCACUCCAGAACAGAUCAAGGACUGCAUGAAAGAAAUUCCUUUCAUUGAUGGAAUGAAGGAUUUAUUGAUGUAUCAAGCAGAGAAUGGUUCCUUUGAUUGCAUUAUAGUCUCAGAUUCUAAUAUGGUAUUUAUCAAUACUAUUCUAGAAGCCACUAGAUUGGAGAAGGCUGUGAUGAAAGUCGUGACAAACCCUGGUCAUUUUGAUGAUAAAGGAUGUCUGAAAAUCAAACACUACCACAGUCAUGACUGCGACUACUGUCCCCUGAACCUUUGCAAGAGAGAGGUAUUAUGGGAUUACAUUAGAGUGCAGAAACAAGGUGGCAAUGGAUAUGCCUCAGUUUGUUAUGUUGGCGAUGGCAACAAUGAUUUUUGCCCUUGUGAGUCUCUCAGUGAAAAAGAUUUGGUGUUUCCACGCAAGGGAUUCAAUCUAUUGAAGAAAAUAACAAACUAUCAAGAAAAGGGGAAAAAAUUCAGUCCCAAGGUGUUUCCAUGGGUGACUGGCUUUGAAAUUACAGAAAAGUUGAAGACUCUACUUUGAGAGAGUCUUUUAUUUGUCACAGCUAACUCUCCAGGCCUUCAUAGAGAGCCUUUGCCUGCAAAACUAGCCUUUAACAAACAUGUAGCAGUGUAUACAGUGCAGUAUUUGCAUA